CAUUGGAACACCGAUUAUUAUCAAGAUGAACAUCAAUUCAAUAAGUAUUGCUGAUCUCUUUAACCUAUUGGAAUCUAACAAGCUCGGGGAGGUAGAAGAAAUAAAAAAAGUAUUCCACGAACUUUUUCUGAGUACAAAAGACAAUUGGUUGGUAAAUGGACUCUUUGACUAUUAUUUGUCUACAAAUUCCUUAAGGUCUGUCGAGGUAUUAGCCAGUGUUCGAGAUCCACAUGACAAGCAUCUCUUAGAUCGUUUAUCAGAAGCUCUUUCCAAACCAGGAAGUAGCAGCCAAAGAAUUCAGACCCUUACUUUGCUGGGUCAUAUUGCUCGUCGGCAACCUACAUGGCUAUAUAAACUUGCCAGUCAUGCUUUAUUUCGUGAUUUACUUAAGUUACUUAAAACGGAAGCAGAUACAUUGUCCCUAAUGAGUGCACUUCUCCUCUUGGUAAUGUUGUUACCCAUGUUACCAGCUGCCCUAGGGCCUUACCUCUCAGAAAUUUUCGAGGUAUUUGGUCGGUUGGCUUCUUAUCAUCAUCAUCAGUCAUUGUCUUUGUUUUCUUCUCCUAUGCAUUUUAUUCCGAGAAAAGCAGGAAUUAUCGAUAAAAAUCGUUUAUAUUUAUUACAUCUACAGGUGGGCCUAUAUAGCUUGUUUCACAGGCUGUACGCUAUGUAUCCAUGCAACUUUAUUUCAUAUUUGAAACAACAGUAUAUGCAACGAGAUCAGUUAGCUACGUUUACUCAUACAAUUAGACCGAUGUUGGAUUCAGUGCGUAUGCAUCCGUUCCUUGUUAUCGCAUCCAAAGAUACAGAGAUUUCUGCUGCUAGAUGGAAAAAGAUGGAGCAUCAUGAUGUCAUGGCAGAAUGCGGUCGCUUCACGUUAGACAAGUGUCGGGAGGAACUAUUCAACACUGUAAAUUCACGCUCCACGCCGCCUCCAGAUCAUUCGUCUAUAUCUACUCCAAUAAACACUAGCGGCGGGUCAGCACCGUCGGAAAUUACCAAUGGCGAGGACGAGACUUUCUGGUCCCCGAGUAUGACAGUACCACCGCAGAGCCCUCCGUUUCCAGCCGCGUCUCACGAACAGCGAUCCACACCUUCGACGCCAAAUAAUAACAGAAGCGGCACAUCUCCACCGGAAGCUGCAGUCGAAGCAACCCCCGAGACAACGCCAGUCAAGGAUUUACGGAAAUUAUCGAGGCAAAUGCCCGUGGGCUCAGCUGCGGUUCGUGCGUUAACCACAUUCGGUAACGGUACAGUGGGAUUGAGUUCGCGACCAUCUACACCGACUGGUUCUAUGAUCGGAAGCGGGGAUAGCAGCAACGCGCAUGGAUAUAUCUCGCACAAGAUAAGUAAAAUCAUCACGGAUAGGCAGAACGUAAAAGAACAGCAAAAACCAUCCGCAAAUGCUGAAGAGGAUGGAAGAUUCGGAGAAACGGAUACAAAUCAGAAUGGGAAGAACGAUUCGUGGCAAGAAGAUCAAGAGGUUUUAGAAAUUGUCAGCUCUCAGGCCGCAGGAAAGCUAGAAUGUUCGAAGUACGUUGAACCGCAACAGCAUCACAACGAGAAAAUGCAAAAUACAUUGGUGGUUGACCUGUCGGAAAGGAUUUAUCAAUUGCACCUGUAUUCUCAGUGUCAGGUCCCAGCACAGCAUUCUUCUACUUCUAGUUCUCUUUGCAAGGUUCGGAAAAGUAAAUCUUGCCCGGAUAUGAAAGUUCAAAAACAAAUUAGCACUGAGAAAAGCAAUCAACUGAAAGCGACGGGAACGAAAAUAGUCGAAGAGACCGGAACCCAAACGUUCGAGUUGCUUCCGUACGAGUACCUACUGCUCGGGAUUUUGGAUCAAAAAAGUCAGAUGAAUGUACCGAAACGGGAUCAGCCGAACACUGAAUUUCGUUUGUCGCCGACGGCGAUGCUCGACCGAUACGUCGAAGCGUGCACGCGGGCUAGCAACUUUUCUGGUGACAAAAUGAGAGCGAUCGCGGUUAAGCAGAGGCAAAGAAAAGAAAACGACGGCGAAGAAGAAGUUGGGGACGAUGAUGCUUUAGAUGCCGAAUGCGCGAGUCAGUUACUGCAACUGAUGCAAAUCCAGUUGCAGUUCGAACGGCAGCGUAGAGAAGUCCACGCUGAACGUAAUCGAAGGCUUCUCGGUAAACUGAGGGACUCGCGGGCAUUGGAAGAACACAACUAUGCUUUGACCGAUCGACUGAAAUUAAUGGAGAAAGAAGUGGAAGCCCUGAAAACCGAAUUAGAACGUAACAGAAAAGAAGCUCUGCAAGCUGAAGAACGAUAUAAAGAAGCGAUGCAUCACUGGCAAACGAAGUGUGUGGAAGAAGAACGACAAAAUCAAACAUUGAAGGAUCGACUUGAGACCGUCGAACUUGAACUGAAGAAAGAGCAUCAAAAAAUAGUGGAAUGCGAACAGCGAAUUCGAUCCACGGAUGCGUCUCUGUUCGAUGCAGGGCAUCGACUAAGAGUUGCAUUAAAAGCUGCCGAUCGUAGCAAAGAAUUGGAACGUACUCUUGACACCGUACAAAAGAAAUUCCUGUUACUUGGAGAGGCACAAGCAAAACUGCAAGAAACUACAGGAGGUUUGUCGCCGUUGAGUAAGCAAGAAGCAACGCAAAUACAGAGGUCGUAUGCGGAGGAAUUAACUAAUUUACGACGACAACUGGAGGCGCGAACAUCUCUUGCGGAAGCCUUGAAAGUACGUCUGAGUGAAAUGGAAAGUAAGGACUCGCGAAAAGAAGCACAACUUGUCGAGCUACAACGACUUUUGCAAGAAACGAAAGAUCAACACGAGUCCGAGCUGGAAGCUGUUGAAUCGAAGUACAAAGCACAAGCCGAGAUCAAUCUUCUUCUUGAGAGUCGUAUACUUGAACUUUAUGGCACGCUAGAGCCAUCGACUUCUAGCACCACCACUAUGAAUAACCUAGCUUCGUCGGCGUCGCCUAAAGAAAGAUCACCUCCACUAUCAGCCAGUCUAGCUUCCUCCAGCGAAGGAAGCCUUGCCUUUAUUCAUUCAGGUACCGGAAUUAUAAUGAACGACUGCUGUGAUACCGCAGGUGAAAUUCCAAACCUCCAAGCUAUUGUCGAGCCUGCACCGAACCAGGUGACCACUUCCCCGUCACGUCAAAGCUAACAGAAGCGAAAUCCUAACCGAGAUUAACUCUACGGAAAAAUGAUCAUCGAGUCCUUUCGCAUGCAGCUAUUCUGUUUUGCACGCGAGCAACUGUUGCCCAGUGCCGUGGUAUUAAAUCAGAAGAAAGUUAUUUGUAGCUUUUUAUCGACAUAUUAUGCGAAAUUCAUAAAACUAUUAUUAU